GCACCAACGUGUAUACUAUUUUAUAUGUGUUCCUGACAAAAUAAUCGCAGAUCAUUUUCAACGUUUAUAUACGUGAAUUAAGAAGUUAUUCUUCGUGAAAAUUGUUUAAAAUUGUGCACUUAUCUAAACUUAGUGGAGAGAAACUAACAUCACGUGACACCACCACGCUUCCUUUUGUCAGUUUCAUGCACGGAAGUCUGCCUAAGUUGUGUGUACAAUGACUGCUCAACAGGUCCAUCGCGCAAUCGUGAAGCAGGUAAUUUCAGGUGAUACUAUAGUCCUUAGAGGUCAGCCCAAAGGAGGACCACCUCCAGAAAAGACUGUCUGUCUGUCAAACAUCCAGGCUCCAAAACUAGCCCGGAGGGCAAAUCCAAACACCUCUGGAUCAGUUGAAACAAAAGAUGAGCCCUAUGCCUGGGAGGCUCGUGAGUUCCUACGGAAAAAAGUUAUAGGACGGGAGGUUGCAUUUUAUUUGGAGUACAAGGUUCCUGGUACUGGCAGAGAAUAUGGUGUCGUUUUUCUUGGAAAAGACAGAGACGGUGAAAAUAUAACAGAAGCUUUAGUUGCAGAAGGGCUUGUUGAUGUUCGUCGAAUGGGUCUUAAGAAAGAUGAUUCUGAUCAACAGAAACUUAUUCAGCUUGAAGAUGCAGCCAGAGUUGCAAGCAAGGGGAAGCAUGGUGCAGAUAUGUCAGCACAUGUUCGUGACAUCAAAUGGAUACUUGAAAACCCACGUAAUUUUGUGGACUCCCAUCAUAACAAACCCCUUGAAGCUGUAGUUGAACAUGUCCGUGAUGGAUGUACAGUCAGAGCAUUUCUGCUUCCAUCUUUUGAAUAUGUGACAGUCAUGCUUUCAGGAAUAAAGUGUCCCAUGUUUAAGACUGACAAUGAAGGCAAACAAGUUUCUGAACCUUAUGCGGAAGAAUGCAAGUACUUCACAGAGACUCGAUUGCUUCAGCGAGAUGUCAAGAUUAUUUUGGAAGGAGUCUCUAAUCAGAAUUUCCUUGGCACUGUUCUUCACCCGAACGGGAAUAUUGCAGAACUUCUGCUGCGAGAAGGCUUUGCCCGUUGUGUUGACUGGAGUAUUGGUGUUGUUACUCAAGGUGCAGAUAAAUAUCGGACAGCAGAAAAAGUUGCCAAAGAGAAAAAACUUCGUAUUUGGAAAGAUUAUUCCCCACCAUCAUCUGUGACAGAAGUAAAGGACAAAAGUUUUGUUGGAAAGGUUGUGGAAAUAGUAAAUGGAGAUGGGUUGGUGGUGAAAGUCACUGAUGGAGGGUUCAAAAAAGUAUUUCUUGCAAGCAUCCGUCCACCAAGGCUGCCUACUGAUAACACAGAGAAUGGAACUGUGGCUAAGGAGGGAAACAAAAAACUCAGACCUUUGUACGAUGUUCCCUACAUGUUUGAAGCAAGGGAGUUUUUGCGAAAGAAACUUAUUGGGAAAAAGGUGACUGUGGAUGUGGACUACAUACAGCCAGCCAACCAGGGUUUUCCAGAAAAAACUUGCUGUUCUGUGACAAUUGGAGGCAUCAAUAUUGCAGAAGCAUUGGUGAGCAAGGGUUUGGCCACUGUGAUCCGAUACAAGCAAGAUGAUGAUCAACGUUCAUCACACUAUGAUGAAUUACUGGCUGCUGAGGCACGAGCACAAAAGAAAUGUGUCGGAAUAUUUUCAAAAAAAGAAGCGCCUAUUCACAGAGUGGCUGAUAUUGCUGGUGAUGUUCCUAAAGCAAAGCAGUUCCUUCCAUUCCUUCAGAGAGCAGGGAGAGCGGAGGCAGUGGUGGAAUUUGUUGCAAGUGGUUCAAGGCUCCGUCUCUUUUUGCCUCGAGAAACUUGCCUUAUUACAUUUCUCAUUUCAGGUAUAGAUUGCCCAAAGGGAAGUCGCCAGGUUCAGGGAGGUCAGAUCAUGGCUGGAGAUCCUUUUGGAGAGGAUGCUUUGCUCUAUACUAAAGAACUUUGCCUGCAUCGUGAAGUGGAGGUAGAAGUGGAGGCAAUUGACAAAGGUGGAAACUUUAUUGGAUGGUUGUUUGUUGAUGGAAUGAAUUUAUCUGUGGCCCUGGUGGAAGCAGGACUGGCAAAAGUACACUUCACAGCAGAGCGCUCUCCUCACUUUUCAGCCCUUAUGAAGGCACAAGAACAAGCAAAAUCAGGAAGACUGAAGAUAUGGUCCACUUUUGAAGAGCCAAAACAAGAGGCAGUUGUGGAAGAACCAUCAGAACGUCAGGUCAAUUACUGCAAUGUAAUUAUUACAGAGGUUACAAACCAGUUCACCUUUUUUGCACAAAAAGUAGAUGAUGGACCUCAGUUAGAAAAAAUGAUGGAUGAACUGCGGAAAGAGAUGGAAUCAAACCCACCAUUGCCUGGAGCAUAUACACCAAAGCGUGGUGACUUGUGUGCAUCAAAAUUCUCUGGAGAUUCACAGUGGUAUCGAGCAAAAGUUUUGAAGGUAGAAAAUGGCAAGGCAAACAUCCUUUUUAUUGACUUUGGGAAUAAGGAAGAUACGCUGAUCACCAAUGUAGCAGCAUUACCAAGUGCUUUUCGGACAAUGCCAUCUCAGGCUACUGAAUAUGCUCUUGCUGGGAUUGCACUUCCACCUGACGAGGAUUCCAAGCAAGAAGCUGUGGAUCAGCUGUAUAACGAUAUUAUGAACAGGAAUCUUCUGAUGAAUAAGGAGUACAAGGGCAUCAAUGCAGACUGUGUGACACUAGUUGCUGAAGAUGGGGAUGGAAAGAAUGAUAUAGGACAGAUGUUACUUGGAAACGGAUUUGUCCUUGUUGACAAUCGAAAAGAAAGGCGUCUUGCAAAACUUAUGGCUGACUAUCAGAGAGCACAGGAAAAGGCAAAAAAAGAGCGGUUGAACAUUUGGCGCUAUGGAGACUUCACAGAGGAUGAUGCAAAAGAAUUUGGAUACUCCCGCUAAUUUCUCUAGUCUCAUCAUGCACUGCAAACACAAGUGAAGAGUAGAAUUUAUAAUAACUGUUUUAAUUACCUUUGUGGUAAGCUUUGUCUUAAUGAAGGGGUGGGUAUUUUCCUGAUUUUCUAUAUAUGUACUGUAUAAUACUUUUAAUCCUGUACUGUUACACUUAGUAUAUUCAAAUGUUUUAAUUUUAUUGGGAAGGUGUGAUACCCUUAUUGUGGUUCUUUUAGUUAUAGGAAGCUGUAUAGAAGUGAAUAAGCUAGAAGUGAAUUAAAUUUUUGCCUUUCACACAUUGUAGUUAAAUGGUGGUGGUGUGGCAGAUUUUUACUUGGAUGAGAAUAUUUAAGAAAAGGAGGGUAUGAGCAAGUGUUUUCUUGUGCAGCCAAAUGUGCAGUAGUCUUAUUGGUGUGAAGAUGCAACCAAUUGUAAUAAAUUUAAAGUUUAAUCAUCUUCAUUGAUUUAUUGAGGAAAAUUUUAAUAUUGUGUAUAAUUUAUUAAUCAUGUGUUAAUAUGUGAAGUUCAUUAGUAGGCACAAAAAUGAGUAUAUUGAAGGUUUGUUAUUUUUGGGAGAGCAGGGAGAUAGUUAUGAAAAAAAAAAACCCCAGAAAUAUCUAACAUGUUUACCAUCUUUCACCUCUUAUAAUCUUCCUACUUAAUAUAAGUCAAUUAAAACAUUUUUUGGUCAAAAUCU